ACCAGCUACCAAACAGUCCCUUAGCCCUUUCCAUGGAAACGCUCCGAUCUCAGAUGGAUCGGGUGGUUCUUGAAGCGUUUACUGAUUUCGAUCCUGCGAAACUCGCCGGCUUCUCCCCCGCCGUUCCUCUCACCAUCCGUUCUCUCGCAGUCUUCGCUGCUUCCGACUCUCAAACUCUGAUAUACGUCGGUACGGGCGGCGGUAAGCUAAUUCUUCUAUCCUUGAACCCCUCGCUGCCGCCGGUUCCAUCUACUUCCGCCGACGAUAAUUCAAAUGCUCCUCCGUUCGCACCGGUGCAGUUUCUUAGGUCUGCGACGAUCAGCAACCGUGUCAUCGAGUCGAUCAAUGUUCUCCCUGAGGUCAGAAGAGUCGUUGUUCUCUCGGAUGGAUAUUUGUUCUUGGUGGAUUUGCUGUUAUUGCAGUCUAUGCGGAAGCUAGGUUUUGCCAAGGACGUCUCAGCCAUUUCGAAAAGGCUGUUGCAGCCGGGUUCAUCGAUUUCGGAUCCUUUUUUCGAUGGUGCGGUGAGAGCGGAGCUUUCGAGAUCCGGGCAGACUUUUCUUCAAAAAUUUGGUGGAGGUAUUCGGGUAAACGGGGCAGCGUCUAGGGUUUCCGAAUUGCAGAGAGGAGCAGGAACUAGUUGCUUUUUGGCAGCUGCUGCAGGUAAAAAGUUGGUAUUGAUCGAGCUUUUUUUGCCAAGCAAUGUUGACUUGGAUGCCGAACACAGUGGUCUUUCCAUAUUCUGGAAAGAGAUUCAGGGAAUUGACGGAGUGAAGACCAUGGUGUGGGUUGGUGAUUCUAUAGUAGUAGGAACAUCAGAAGGUUACAUCCUCUUUUCUGAUGUUAAUGGUAAAGGAUCGUUAAUAUUUUCUCUUCCCGAAUCCUCUUCGCCUUUGGCGAGAGUUUUAGUGCGAAGCUCCGAUGUGCUUUUGUUGUUCGAUAAAGUUGGUGUAGUUUCCAAUGCUCUGGGGCAUCCGGUUGGUGGGAGUUUGAUUUUCCAGUACGUUCCAGAAUCCAUUGCUGAGAUGCAUCCAUAUGUAAUUGUUGCAAGAGAUGGCAGAUUGGAUUUGUAUAGGAAGAAAACUAGUGUUUUGGUGCAGUCGUUACAGUUGACAAAGAAUAGUGUUGGCUCAUGUAUUGUUGCUUGUGAUAAUCAGGGCAGUGGAGAGAUUGUAAUCGUUGGAACAACUUAUAAGGCCUUCUGUUGUCGUAAAGUGUCUCCAGAAGAGCAGAUUAAAGAUUUGCUAAAGAAGAAGAAUUUUAAGGGAGCCAUCAACCUUGUGGAAGAGUUUGAAUCAGAAGGCGAAAUGACAAAGGAGAUGCUUUGCUUUGUGCACGCCCAAGUGGGCUUCCUAUUACUGUUCGAGCUGCAUUUUGAAGAAGCUGUCAAUCACUUUCUGCAAUCAGAAACAAUGGAUCCGUCUGAGAUAUUUUCAUUCAUAAUGAGGGAGCCCAACCGGUGGUCUCAACUGGCGCCAAGGAAGCGCUAUUGGGGAUUGCAUCCUCCCCCUGUGCCUCUCGAACAAGUUGUUGAUGACGGGCUUCAUGCCAUUCAACGAGCGAUGUUUCUCAGAAAAGCUGGUAUUGUCACCGAUAGCGAUGAGGAUUUUAUUUUGAAUCCACCAAGCAGAGCUGAUUUAUUGAAGUCAGCAACUGAAAACUUUAUCAGGUAUCUAGUCAUCUGCCGGGAGAAGGAAUUGCUUUCUCCGGUGAAAGAAGGUGUCGACACACUUUUAAUUUACCUUUACAGUGCUCUUAAUCGUGUGCUGGAUAUGGAGAAGCUCGCCUCAUCAGAGAACAGCUGUGUUGUGGAGGACUUAGAAACCUUACUAGAUGGCUCCGGGCAUUUACGCACUCUUGCAUUUUUGUAUGCUAGUAAAGGGAUGUACUCUAAGGCUCUCACUAUAUGGUGUGUUAUGGCGAAAAACUAUUCAACAGCAUUCUGGGAAAAUCCCACGGCUCAUUUGGAUAACCCCUCAGAUUCUUCUUCUGAUUUGCUCUCGAGUUGGAGAAUUGCUGCUGCUUUUGAGGCAUCAAAGUUGCUGCAGGAGUCAUCUGAUGAAGCUCUUGUUCUUGAACAUCUUGGAUGGAUUGCGGAUAUUGAUCAAGAAAGUGCUAUCCUGAUUUUAACAUCUGAUAUACGCCACGAAAAACUUUCACCAGAAAAAGUGAUUGCUUCAAUUGAUUCGAAGAAAGUGGAAAUUCAUCAGAGAUAUUUGCAGUGGUUAAUCGAAGAUCAAGGCUCGGAGGAUACGCACUUUCAUACAUUAUAUGCUGUUUCUCUUGCAAAAUCAGCUAUUGAAUUAGUUGAAAAAUCCAAUGGGAUGAAUCUAACUGAUAUUGUGAAUAAAGAUCCUCUUGCAAAUCAUAUUAGGGAAAGGUUGCAGUUAUUCUUGCAGUGUUCGGAUUUGUAUGAUCCUGAAGUAGUGCUUAAGGUUGUAGAAUGGUCGGAGUUGUGGUUGGAAAAGGCAAUCCUUUAUCGAAAAAUGGGGCUCGAGGAGUUGGUGCUUGAGAUCUUAGCCUUGAAACUGGAAGAUUGUGAAGCUGCUGAGCGGUAUUGCGCAGAGAUUGGUAGAAGAGAUACUUACGUGCAGUUGUUAGAUAUGUACUUGAAUCCACAGAAUGGAAAGGGCCCAAUGUUUAAAGCUGCAGUUCGUCUUCUUCACAACCAUGGGGAGUCUUUGGAUCCCUUGCAAUUGUUGGAGAAACUAUCACAUGAGAUGCCUCUCCAGCUUGCCUCUGGCAUAGUACUGAGAAUUCUUAAAGCUCGAGUCCAUCAUCAUCAUCAAGGACAGAUAGUUCAUAAUAUUUCACGCUCUAUAAGUCUAGAUGCACAAUUGGCGAGACUGGAGGAGAGAUCAAGAAAUGUACAAAUAAAUGAUGAGAGCGUUUGCAACUCUUGCCAUGCCCGCCUUGGCACUAAACUUUUCGCAAUGUAUCCGGAUGAUUCUAUUGUCUGCUAUAAGUGUUAUCGUCGUCUCGGAGAAUCGACAUCGGCACGAGGGCGUAAUUUCAAGGAAAAUCCUAUUUUCAAACCUGGCUGGCUUGUUACCAGAUAGCAGGAAUUGUUCUCCAUCUUGGUUUCUGCUGGUUCCAGGUUAGCAGUCUACAUUAUCUUGAAGAGCAAGCAUUGCAUGAAAGAUUAUUUAUUUAUUCACCUCUUAGUAACACUAGUGGGAUGCAUCUGCGCUCAAAUUAGCUUUCCAUAUUCUCUACUGAUGCCUUUUCCAAGCAAAGAAACAAAAAAUUAUGGUUUUAUAUUUUAUUAAAUAUUUUCUCCCUGUAAAUGUGAUGGCUAAUAACUUGCGUUUGUUGAAGUGCUCCAAAACAUUUUGGUAGAUUUACAUCCACACCACUCAA